GGGGGUACAUCGAUAAUUGGAAGGAUAAAUCUCUCUUGUGGGGUGCAGUGUGCUGCAAGAAAAUAUCGGGAACAAAUCGGCGACGCUUAUAUUAAAGGCAAGCCAGGGUUGGGAGUUAUAUUGUGAAUGGAAUCAAUAAUCUUUUUGAUAUUUGUUCAACAUACCGUACUCGAACUGAAAGAAAUUACACAUGAUGAUCCGACCGAACCAUGUAACCAUGACCGUGAUCGAUCGAUUGGCUGUGAUACCGAAAAUGAGGUCUGAUGAGUUCUCCUUCGUUCGAUCGUAUGUGAUAAAAUAAAUCGGAAUAUAUCAUCAUAGAGAGGGAUAUUGGCCAUUCAGAUUUUGUAGAAGAACAAGUGAAAAUGUCGGAGACGGACCCAGUUCUUCCUAACUCGGAGAAGUCCAAUCUUGGAUACGGCAGUGUCAAGAAUGGUCACUCUAGUCAGACCAAAGUCUAUCCAUCGUUCGCAAGGAGUACUUCCAUCGAUGGAUCGGUCGUAUCCUUUCACGAUAUCACCUACACAGUCAAGACUAAAGAGAAUCGCAAGAAAGUGACGAAGACCAUCCUUACAAAUGUCAAUGGAUUAUUCAAGCCUGGUAUGAAUGCCAUUCUUGGCCCUACCGGUAGUGGCAAAACAUCAUUAUUGGAUGUGUUAGCUGCUCGGAAGGACCCGGAUGGACUGUCCGGUCAAGUACUCAUAGAUGGCGCCACACAACCUAAGAACUUCAAAUGCGUCUCGGGAUAUGUGGUUCAGGAUGACGUCGUCAUGGGAACACUUACCAUCCGAGAGAAUCUUCAAUUCUCUGCAGCUCUUCGUCUUCCAAAGACGGUCGGUAAGAAGGAGAGGGACGACAGAGUGGAUGAUAUCCUAGCUGAGUUGGGCCUUUCUCAUGUUGGGGAUAGUAAGGUUGGAACAGAGUUUAUCAGGGGUGUAUCAGGAGGAGAGAGAAAGAGAACUAAUGUUGGAAUGGAACUCAUCACCAAACCAAGUGUUCUCUUCUUAGAUGAACCAACCACAGGGCUCGAUGCAAGCACCGCUAACGCUGUAAUGCAUCUGUUAGCCAGUCUAUCCAAGAGAGGGCGCACUAUCAUCUUCUCAAUCCAUCAACCUCGCUAUUCCAUCUUCCGUCUCUUUGACAAGAUGCAUCUAUUGGGAAGGGGAAAGACUAUCUACCAUGGCCCAGCCCAAGAGGCCUUGGAAUAUUUCUCUUCAAUCGGUUUUGAGUGUGAAGAACACAACAACCCACCAGACUUCUUCUUAGAUGUUAUUCUUGGACAAUCAGAAGAUCGGAAGGAAUUAGAAGACGGCCAGGGUGAUGUUGAGCAAGGCCAAGCCGUCUUGGAUGAUGGAGUGAAGAGCAAUGUCAACCUUGCAGAAUGCUAUGGGAAGUCCCUCUACCACAGGACGAUGAAAGACGCUACAGAAGGCAUCUACAAUGAAUACAGGAAUCAAGAUGACACAAGCAUCGUCUCCAUCGACUACCCAACAUCCUUCUUCUCACAGCUGUAUCAUGUUUCCCACCGAGCAGUACUGAACAUCCUGAGAAACCCAUUCCUGACCAUCAUCCAGAACAUGACUGUGAUAUUAUUCUCUCUUGUUAUUGGUGGAAUCUACUUUCAACUCGACACAUCUAUCGCAUCAGGAUACCAGAACAGAAUCGGUGCCUUCUUCUUCCUCAUCAUGCAGAUGGUAUUCGGUAAUUUGAGUGCUGUGGAGUUGUUCAUCAGAGAAAGAGUUAUAUUUAUUCAUGAAUCAGCGAGUGGUUUCUAUCGCGUCUCAGUGUACUUUGUGGCCAAAGUCUUUUGUGAUUUACUUCCUCUAAGAGUGGUACCCACAGUUCUUUAUGUUAUCAUCACAUACUGGAUGAUUGGUCUGCAGCCAGAGGUAGCAAAGUUCUUCAUCUACUUCUUGACUCUACUUCUCGUCACAUUUGUGUCUAGUGCCCUCGCAUUUGCCAUCAGUUCCAGUGUCAGCAUUGCUGGUAUUGCUACUCUGCUCAUCGCUAUGUGCUAUGUGCUUAUGAUGGUGUUUGGAGGACUCUUGGUGAACAUCAGCUCCUUACCUGUCUGGCUCCAAUGGCUUCAAUAUCUUAGUAUCUUCAGAUUUGGUCUCAAUUCUUUACUAAUCAAUGAGAUGGUCGGUAUGGAGUUCUGUGAAACGGUUGGAAACGUCACCAUACGAUGCAUCCAAGGCACGGACUACCUCGAGCAGCAAGGGAUCGACUACAGCGACUGGGGUCUGUGGCAGAACGAGAUGGCACUCGGAAUCAUGACCUUGGGACUUCUCGCCAUUGCUUAUAUUCAACUCCGACGUAUGCCCAAGGUCAAAUAGAUACUGGAGGAUAGCAAGUGUGUGAGCAAGCAGGCAUGGGUGGAGAUUCGUCUAUGCUACUUGUCACUUAUGCACAACUUUACGCAUGUAACUCACUGGCAUUCCGAGAGGGGGCUUGUAGCCAUGGACCUCCCAAAAGGUUCAUGACCAAGAAAAAAAAAUGGGAAAUGGUGAAAUGUAAUAUUGUUUUCUGAAGAUCUUGUCAAAAUCUAUCAUGAAAUCAGAUUUGUGUGUUAAAAAAGGUCAACAUUUUGCUCGCUCACCUGGAGCUUUUUAAAAAAAAUUCCCAAUACACCAUGUCGAGCCUCCUCAAAAUCUUUAGCUUAUUGCACCACUGGUUUGACUAGUACACAUUUUCUUACUGGAGGUGCAUGCUAAUAGUCAUCCACAUAGGAAUGAAGAGUGUUGUACACCAAGCAUGAAAACAAUCUCACACGUGCUAGCCUGGCACUACUUUCUAGAGCGAUAGAGAAAAUAAUGUGAAAUAUUUCAACAUGUAGUUAUUUAUACCAGUCUUACUUAUUUAUGCCUUGCAUAUAGAUACGAUAUCAUUCCAAAUUCAUGUCAUCUAUCUCAAUAACAACCAUUAACAGAUAUGUAUGACACAUUUAAGAGAAGCUACUAAUCUUUGGGUCAAAAUUGCUUGGGUGAUGAUGUACAUUAACAGUAAAGAUGUUUGAAAAAAAGCUUUUAAAAUCAUAUCUCUGUAGACCUAUUCUCAAGAUUUAUUCGCUUUAUACAUAUAUAUUUAUUAAUAUAUCAUUGAAAAUUCACAUUUUAGAAGUGUAGUUUAAGCUAUUUUGAACUCAAAGAAGGGACAAUCCAUAUUUACGGCCUUGAAGCCAACUGCUUGUAUUCUGACAUACGGUUUCAGUUAGGCCUAGGUCUUACUCUGUAUUAAAAUUAUAGAAUGCAAAAAUUUCAAAAUUGCAAUUAUAUGACAUAUCUUUGUUUGGAUCUUACCUCAUGUUUUAAUGAUAAAGAGAACUAUUUCAGUCAUUAUUCCCAGUCUCCUAUCAAUGAUUUGGUUGUCAGAUGAGCUGACAAAUUGAACUUGGACUGUUAAAGAUACCUGUCACAAUUGGCUAUCCAUAGUUUAACCACAUCUUUAGAAUAGAGUUUAGAUUAAAUCAGAGUUCAGAAUACGGGCUGAAGCCUUUCACUCCAAGUAUUAACCUAGUGUAGUAGGUUUCACGGUACAUGUAUCUUUCUUGGGCAAGUGGCAAGUGGACCAACACUUGCCCAAGAAAGAUACAUGGUGUACCGUGAAACCUACUACACUAUUCUUCUUUGCCAUGGAAACCUUCAGAAGUUGCAAGUAUUAGCCUAUAAAACAUUAAUAUGUUUAAGCAGGUCAAGGGCCCCAUAACACAAAGAUUAGCGAUUAAACGCUAAUUUGAAAGGACAAUUGUAAUUGGUUCCUAGUCAGUCUACUGAGCAAAAUGCGCAUGCAACGAUGAUCUUGAUAGGCCAUUACAUUUAGUGAUCAAUCGCUAACCUUUGUGUGGAGGGGCCGGGGUCUGUUUUGCUUCACUUGAACUUUCUGUGAAAACGUUUUAUAAAUGUUCUGGAAAUUCUCUGAAUGUUAGAAUACUUAACAAUUUGGUUACCUCAUGAAAGCUGCAUGCCAACGACACACAUAGGUGCCCAAAAGCCUGAACAAUAGCUCAUGUGCCUCAAUCACUUUUUGAUGUUUAAUGGUCUGUACUGUCAUUGGAAUUUGCAUUAUCAUAUUGUAGCGAUGAGUCAGCAAACAUUUUUUGGUGGAGUUUAUUAAGAAUAAAGUUAUUUUGUUCCAGAGGAGCAAUACAAUGUGUAUUCCUUUUUAUGAUAAGUUUCUGAUUUAUAUGUAUUCAUCAUCAUUUCUGGUAAGUUGAAAGGACAAAAUGUUUCUAUGAUCUCUUACAGAGUUAUAUUAUGCUAUCUAUUUGUAGAGUAAUCAUGGCAUUGCUUGUGUAUAUACUUAAAAAAAAAUACAAAAGAAAUAAUCACUAAUAGAAUAUCUGUUAAAUUAUUUAUAUUUGGUGAUAUUUUGAUACUAACUCUAACUUAAAUGCAAAUAAUUAUAUAUUUUUAUUUUAUUUUAAGUUUUAAGUGAUUACACUAUACUGCAUGUAAAUAUCUAUUAUUGAGUACUAAUUUUGGCUGUAUGUAUUUAAAGUCAUGAGCUUCAAUAAACCAAAAAAUGUUGUGCUAGAAACCAAAUUCAUUUAGGUAACGUAAAUGCAUGAUGAUUGUAAAACCAUAAUUUGUGUGUGUUCUGACAUAAUGCUGUUUCUGUCAAUUUUGUGUAAGAUGUGACCAAUCUAGUUAUGGUUAGGUAUUAGGGUUUAUUAAGGGUUAGUACAUAUUAUAUGGCAGAAUUAUGAAGAGGGCAUUAUUUGCUACCCCUCCCCAUAUUUUAUUUUUUUUUCCUUCGUUACAUUUUCUGAUUUUUUUCUCCAUUUUAUAAUUGUCCAAAAUCUGUUGAAUAUCAUGUGACAACUGUUACAAUCUCGUAGAUUAGGGUUAAGUUUUUGGAUGCCUUUUGGAUGUCAGUUGUAUUUCUUUUUAAGUUCAGUUCUGCUUCAGGUCAAGGAAAAUUUAAAAUUAGUUUUCAGUUUUGUUUACAAGUAAGGUUGCACUUGGGGAUUUGGUUUCAGUCUAAGUGCAGAAUUACAAUUUCAUUUGGAUCAUAAUUAUUUUUUUUACAGUUUGGUUUUUAUGCAAUAGGUUUUCAAGUUAGGAUUAGGUAUAGGCAUGUUACCUAGAAUCAAAUGUAGAAAUAUGAAUAAUCUAGGACAUUGAGAUAUUGAAAGCAAUAUUAAUUGUUGGCAAUUGUGUAAUUCCAGUAUGAAUGUUAUACAUGAUCAGUCCCUAACUGUACAUAAUACAUUUACCUCUCUUUUCAAUCACCAUGCUUACUUUGAAAAGGGUUUUCUUUCAAAUGAGUUGGCCAUGUUCUAAUGAUAUGAAACAUUCUUUAUACAAGAGUUGAUUUUAUUGAUAUAUUUAUGAUAAUAAAACUUUAAAAGGCAA